AUGAAGCUCCGAAAUCUAACUGUGAUGAAAAUAGAAAACACCACUAAAGGUGAACCAGGAGAAAUAUUCCUGCUCACAGGAACAUUACAUACGGUGCAUCCGCGCACACGACGUCCAUUGAGAUUACAUGUACUUUUGGACACUGGCGCAGAUCGUACCUUCAUUGAUGCUGAUCUCGCCAAAGAGCUCGAGCUACCAGAGCAUAAUGUGAUCACAAUGAAGUUGUGCACAUUCGGAGAAAAGCAUCCGAAAGAAAUCCAAUGCAUCGAUACAUAUUUGCAAGUGUGGGACUCCACAGGAAAAGAACAUAAUCUACGAGUUUUCACACACGAUGGACUCACGAGGAAUUAUCACAGAAGGCGCCUUGAAGAAAAGGACCUUCAGUUCAUUCGUGAUAAUCAUCUCAUCCUGAAGUGCUCCAAAAGAAGGAGAAGCUCAUUCUCCAAAGAUACUCAUAGGCUGUGA